AUGAUCCGAUGGGACAGAGCUGGAGGCCUGGUAUCGAGUAGCUUCGAUUUUGUCAAGAAUCCGACGGUCUUGCAGAACUUCUUGUAUCGGUUCGGGCACAUGAGCAGGGAGGAGCGCGGAUUUGACCCAACCGUCACGCUUGCGCGCCAGGAAUACAUCGACGAAAUGUACAGCUGUCAGAAUAAGCUCUCUGAAUACCAGCAGGAGCGUUUCGCCAAGGCAUUCCCGAAGGAGACGGAGAGAGGGCAGUGGCCAAUCUACGAGGUCUGCAUGCGGAAGGAAGACGUCGUCACUCCUAGCACCAUCAACUGCGAUGAGGUGAAGAAGUCGGCGUCGCGCCUAGAAAACGAUUCUGCCUCUGGAGGACCAUCCGAAGGACAGGAAGACGAAAGGGCCAAGUAUCUGCGGUUCCUAAUUGGGAAAGCGACCUUCAUCAGCAGUUCGCCGACAGGACGAGCGACGAAGGGAUUCGUUGCUUUCGACAUGCACCUGAGGCGACUUGUAUUCUUGAAGGACGUGUGGCGAGUGACUAAUGUCCCUACCGAGUUGGAGGUCUACGAGAGACUGUGGAAGCAUAAAGUAUGCAACAUCCUGACGCCAAUCUGCGGAGGAGAUGUGGGAGGGUCACAGUCGUCUGGAUCGCCAUCACCGCAGACGACAAGAACGCAGGAAUUUGUGAAGAAGCAAUCUACGCGGGUGCACUUUCGAUUGAUCGUAUAUCAAGUCUGCAAACCUCUGACGGAAUAUAGUGACUCGAGAGAGCUAGUAUGCAUCCUCCUCGACGCGAUAUUGUGUCAUCAUGAUGCCUGGGUGAUCGCUCAAAUACUGCACCGAGAUGUUAGUGUUGGAAAUAUUUUGAUUGAUGUUGAAGCUAUGGAAGGGGGCAAAAAGAUGGUCAUUGGGAUCCUGAGCGACUGGGACAUGUGCAAGUACAAGGAGGAUCUGAAUAAGGGAGUGGCGCAACAACAGCGAUCGGGUACAUGGCAGUUCAUGUCUGCUCUCUUGCUGAAGGAUCCUCACAAGCGUCAUGAGGUGUCUGAUGACAUCGAGUCAUUCGUGCAUCUCACGAAUUGGCUUAUCGUUAGAUUUCAUCCACACAAUUUGAGCGGACAGUCGCAUCGCCAGCUGCUGCUUGAUUACGUGACAUCAACGUAUGAUAAACACAUUUCCAAGGACGGCGCCGACGUCGGUGGAGACCAAAAGCUGACUCACAUGCAAACUGGGAAAGUUGGCUUUUAUCCAGAUUCUAAAGCCUUACGCGAUCUCACUCAAUCACUGGCUGAGAUGUGCAAAGACCACUACGCCACCCUCACCUCAUACAUCCAGAAACUUGAAGGUAUAAAGGUCGAGACACCGACGCUGAUCGUUGGAGAGCCAGACGGUCCCAUUCGGCGUUUGCGGCCUACUCUUCUCUCCACGGACAGUCUUAUUGAACCUGAAGAACCUAGACAGCAGCCACAGGCACCCAGACAGCAGCCGCAGGGCUCUCCUACGUUGGCUAAUCAUGAGGCAAUUUUCAAGAUCUUCACACGGAUGCUUAGGUAUGGCUCAUCCGGAGACAAAUGCUCUGAUCAAUUCAAGAUGCUUUGGGUUAUAUCAACGUCUGGAGGACAGAAGCGUAGCCUGGAGAGCUCGGAACCACUCACAUCGCACCAGGCGAAGAAGGCUAAGGGAGCGGAUUCGCGAGAGGAGUCGUCUGGCGUGUGUGGAAGUAGUACCCCUGGCACGGGCUCGCUGCCUGUGGUUGACGAGGGUGCGGAAGAGGCUGAGUAG